AUGGUGUCCGCGGCCGGCUCCAUGGUUCUCCCGGCCGGGGUGAUCAACCCCGCCGUGCCCAUCAGGAAUAUCCAGAUGAUCCCGGCCGGGGUGAUCAACCCCGCCGGGAGAACCAUGGAGCCGGCCGCGGACACCAUCCUUUCCCCCGCGGAGCCGGAGCCAGCGCCCGCGGCGACCUGCUGCUGCUGGGGGGGCUGGGGGGUCUGGGGCUGCGCGGAGCUCCCCGGCGGAGGGUGGGAGUCUCGGUCCCCGGUGUCCGUGAGCGAAGAAGCGGAGCCCGGCGGUGCUGAAACCGGCUUCUCGCUCGACAUUUCCCCUCGGAAACGGGGAGGGGAGGAGAGGAGCGGUCGCCGCUUUCUCUCACACCUGCUCACACAAGCCCGGGCGUCUGCUGCUGCUCGAAAACCAUCCACCGGGGGAUAA